AAGCAAACAAAGCGAAGCAAUACCAGGCUUCAUCUUGGCUUCCAAUGGAUCUGAUCUGAAUCUCCAAUUCAGCGAUUCCAAACCCUAACCCUAAUCCAAGAAUUCCAAACCCUAGAGAUUAGGUUUUCGAUUUCAGAUUGCUUCCACUGCGAGCUUCUUUUCAAUCCCUGGAUUCGGAUGGUGGUGUAGGUCCAAACACUAUUAGAAGAACUCUGAGCGGCGAUGGAUAAGGCUCCCAUGGCGUCUUCCAUACCCACCACGGUUUACUGCUCCGUUUCCAAGGCCGGCAAGGUCCUCUACUCCUACAAUGGCGGUGACCGUGAGCUGGAGACGCUCGCUGCCCUUUGCCUUGAGAACGCCCCGAAUUUCCAUUCAUGGUACUCUCACACUGUCGGAAACCGCACCUUCGGCUUCUUGAUGGACGAGGGAUGCAUCUACUUUGCCAUCGUCGAUCCCUGCGACAGCAGCGCGAGCGUUCACCGAUUCUUGCAGCUCAUCCGGGAUGGAUUCAAGAAAAACUCAAAGAAUGGAUUGCAAGAUGAGCUUUUUCCGAUUAUCCGCCAUUUAAUGGCGUCGCUGGAGAGCGUGAAUAAUCCGGUGGUGAGUGCUGAGGAACGGUCACUGGAGGUUUGGGUUUCCAUUGAUACAUCGCCGUCGACGAAAGCGCCGUUGUUGGGGAAGCAUGAUAAGAAGGGAAAGAUGAAGGAAAGAGUGGUUGAGGUUAGGGAUAGUGAGGAGGAGCAUGUGGAUAGAGUGAGGAUUGAUUCAUCCCCGGAGCAGCCAGUGCAUGGGUUUUCGCUGCAGAAGAGUGCGUCAAUGAGGGCAAAGGGGCAGAGGUUGUGGUGUAGGCAUGUUAAGAUUGUGGCUGCCAUUGAUGCAUUCCUUUGCUUGUUGCUGUUCGGCAUUUGGCUUGCUGUUUGCCGAGGUUUUCAUUGUGUUUCAUAAGAACAGUCUGCGGAUUUGCUUGUAUAUAUAUACAUAUGCUGUACAUCUUGCUUCUGAUUUCCAACUUGAUGUUGCUGCUCAGUGUUCGUUUGAAUUCAA